AUGUAUAUUCCAGACCACUCCAAGCUUGCUCCGGUUAAUUCUCUUAUUAAAAAGUUUGAAGCAAACCCAGACGAGACUCCUGGACAGGCUCAACCUCAAACUCGUUCUCGUAGUCCAAUAGGAAGGAUAUCACAUAGUUUCGGAAACGUGUCAAAAACAGACGAAAAUGAACAAGAGAUAACCACCACCUCUUUAACUUCCAUUAAUUCGGAAGAAAGCACUGAGGUGAAACAAGAUGAACUCAAUGGCAACAAUAAAAGAGAGGAGGAACCCAAUGUCGUUGAAGAAGUUGUAAAGGAGAAAGAGCAAGUUAUUGUAACUCCUUCUAUUAAUGAAAAUUCUGAAGAGCAUACAGAAAUAACUAGCGAGACUGUAGAACAAAUUACCGAUGAAGCUGCAAAUGAAGAAGUUCGUUCUGAAGAAAACAAAGAACAUAAUGCUACAAGCUUAGUUGCCCAUGAUGAGACCAAGGCACCCAAAAAGAUUAUUAAGAAGCCUUCUACUUCUUCUGUAAAUCCUCCUUCAACUGUAAAGAAAAUUACUAAGCCGACUUCCACUACUAUUCCCAAGGGUGUGAAGAAACCCACCGAAAGGCCCAAAGCAACAACCGGGACGUCAACUGCUAGUAGCAAAUCUACUGCCCAUACGGCUACUUCUGCUUCAUCAACAUUAAAAAAACCCACAACUAAAACAGGAACAAGAACUACAACAACGGUACAUGCCAAAACUACUACCGCUGAAAAAACAAAACCAACUGCUAAGACCGGAGAGAGUUCAUCACGCACCAUUUCCAAACCCACCACAAAAGUACCUAGCACUACUAGAACUUCGGCUUCGACAACCGAGAAAAAACCGGUUUCUAAAAUUGGAUCUAAACCUGCUGGUUCUGCUGGUGCAAAAACAUUACCUCAUAAAGAUGCUAAAGUUCAACAUAUUAAAAAGGAAGUUGCUAAAAAUCCUGUAAAGAAAGUCGUCAAACCAGGUGAAUCAAAGAAAGUAGAAACCACAAAGAAGAAAGGGUCUGGUUCUGACACCGAUAAGGUGAAAGAACAUGAUGUCCAGAAGGUAGAAUCCCACGUAGAAGAAUCUGAAGUUAAGUCUGAAGGGUCAAAGGAACAUGAAAGUAUUGAGGAUGAGCAUCAUCGUGCUGAGAUUCAAAGCGAGAAUUCUGCUGCUGAAUCUCACGAAUCUCAUGGUGAAGUUUCAGAAACUAUUUCUCAUGUUGAAGUUUUAGAAGAAGAAUCUCAUGUUGAAGUUGCGGAAGAAUCUCAUGAAAGUCAUGUAGAAUCCCGCGAAAUUCAUGACGAAUCUGUUGAGUCUGAACAAAAUUCCUACGGCGAAGAAACAGUGACUUCUAAUGUUCAUGUUGAAGAAACUUCCACUUUAGAAACAGAAGAAACGAAAUCUAGUGAAACCGAAAUUGCUACUGAAUCUCAUUCAGAUGUCACAAGCGAUGAAAUUCAAAAAUCUGUCGAGUUAGCUCAAGAAUCUCCACAAACUAAACAUAUAGGUUCUGAUGCCGUUGAAAUUACAACUGUCGAAGCAAUGGAAAUCGAAAAAGAACCUUAG